ACCGGAGCAGCCAUGCUUCCCGGGGUGGGCGUGUUCGGCACCAGCCUCACGGCCCGUGUCAUCAUCCCGCUGCUGAAAGACGAGGGCUUCGCGGUGAAGGCGCUGUGGGGCCGCACACAGGAGGAAGCGGAGGAGCUGGCCAAGGAGAUGAGCGUCCCCUUCUACACCAGCCGCAUUGACGAGGUGCUGCUGCAUCAGGACGUGGACCUGGUGUGCAUCAACCUGCCGCCGCCCCUCACCAGGCAGAUCGCAGUCAAGACCCUGGGCAUCGGCAAGAACGUCAUCUGCGACCGAACGGCCACGCCGCUGGACGCCUUCCGCAUGAUGUCGGCGGCCCACUACUACCCCAAGCUCAUGAGCAUCAUGGGCAACGUGCUGCGCUUCCUGCCGGCCUUCGUGCGCAUGAAGCAGCUCAUCCAGGAGGGCUACGUGGGCGAGCUGCUGGUGUGCGAGGUGCAGGUGCACAGCGGCAGCCUGCUGGGCAAGAAGUACAACUGGAGCUGCGACGACCUGAUGGGCGGCGGCGGCCUGCACUCGGUGGGCACGUACAUCAUCGACCUGCUCACCUUCCUCACCGGCCAGAAGGCCGUCAAGGUCCACGGGCUGCUCAAGACCUUCGUGAAGCAGACCGACCACAUCAAGGGCAUCCGCCAGAUCACCAGCGACGACUUCUGCACCUUCCAGAUGGUGCUGGAGGGCGGCGUGUGCUGCACCGUCACCCUCAACUUCAACGUGCCCGGCGAGUUCAAGCAGGACGUGACCGUGGUGGGCUCGGCCGGGCGCCUGCUGGCGGUGGGCACCGACCUGUACGGGCAGCGCAACAGCGCUCCGGAGCAGGAGCUGCUGGUGCAGGAUGCCACGCCCGUUAGCAACUCCCUGCUGCCCGAGAAGGCCUUCAGCGACAUCCCCUCGCCCUACCUGCGCGGCACCAUCAAGAUGAUGCAGGCCGUGCGCCAGGCCUUCCAGGACCAGGACGACCGGCGCACGUGGGACGGGCGGCCGCUCACCAUGGCCGCCACCUUCGACGACUGCCUGUACGCCCUGUGCGUGGUGGACACCAUCAAGCGGUCCAGCCAGACAGGCGAGUGGCAGAACAUCGCGGUGAUGACAGAGGAGCCCGAGCUGAGCCCCGCCUACCUGAUCAGCGAGGCCAUGCGCCGCAGCCGGAUGUCUCUGUACUGUUAGCCCCGACGGGGGACCCAGUGCGACCGAGGGCUCCCGCGAGGGACCCAGAGAGGGGAAAAGGCUGGGGGGUGCGGGGGAGAGGUGGCCUCGAGGAGUGUGGGGGCGGGGAAGUGGAAAAGCAGUGUGAGAAAAGGGCAUCCGGGAGGCUGGGCCCCUGCCCAGGUGAGGGGCCCCGAUCGAUGGAGACUGUUGGGGGACUGAGCCGCAGUCCCUGAGGUCGUCCCUGCUGGCCUUGGCUGAGACGGAGGCGGUUCAGCUGCCUCUGCUGCCCUUUACUGUGAGAAGCCGGGAGGGGUUAUCCUCAUCCACCCGCACCCAACCCCCUACGCGCACCUUGGCCUCCUUUGCAAGCCAGGUGCUCCUGUGUGGUCAGGGCCAGCUCUGCUGGCAGGAGAAGGCACAUCUUCACGUGCCCACACAAGCCUGUUGGUCUGGGGAGGGGGUGGGGCGUGCAGUGGCUAAAGAGAAAGUUGGAAUUCCAGGAAGCCACGUUAAGUGUCUGAAGGAAAAAGUGUUUGGUAGCAAAGUGUACAGCUUUCUCAUCUUCCUCCUCCUCCCAGGAAGCCCAAGGGAGGGAGUGUCUCCCUAACUGGCUUAUUGCCCUUUCCCUAGCCUGAGGGGGAGUGCCAGCAGCUGGCAGGCAGAGAAUCAGGUUCCCUGGAGCUGAAAGGAGAGGGUGAGGGCACAGCCUGCACCCACACAGGUGAGGCAGUGGAGAAAGUAUCCCUUCGGAUGUGUUAGUGAUUAAAAGCCCCGUGAGGAGCCACUUUAUAACUCUUUCUGGUGGAGUGGAAUUGAGUGCAUGAGGGAUUUGGUACUGGAGUGUUGGGGUUGUCCUUUCACAGGGCCAAGGAGACAGGAGGAAGGAGGUGUGGGUCUGACCACAGGCUCUUGUGCUGCUUGCUAGGACCGGAGGCAGACGUGUGCCCCAGGGUCACAGUGACAAUUCCCCGACAGGAGGGAAAGUGAGCCAGCCCUGGCCCCAUCUCUCCUAGCAAGCUGGGGAAAGGCUCUUACAAGAUUCCCCAGCUUUGUGGAUUUUAAAAAGGAAACCUUCAGGUCCACUUAGAUAUAAUUCUCUUCCCUUUAAAAGGAGUCAAGACUCUUCCUUAGCUUGGACCUUUGCUUUUACACAUCAGGAAAUGAAAAAUUUUGAAUACGUAUUAAAACAAAAGGGCAACAAAGAACAUAAUUUUCAGUGUUUCUAAAUGGGGUUUAGAGCCCUCUGAGGGGUAUAGUUCCCAUAAUCUGGGGAAGGCUGAUGUAGGAAAAACAUCGUCUUCCUCCCCUUGGUAUCCUGUCUCUCUUGUCUUGUCAUCCUCUGCUUACAGGGCUUUUAUUGGAGAUGGCAAACUGCAGGCUCGGAGCAGGCAGUGCCAGAAGGGAACCAGCACCACCACCAGACACACACACACACACACACACACACACACACACACACACACACACACACACACACACACACACACACACGGUUUAUAAACGCUCACUAGCGCCAUUGAAAAUUGCUCUUAAAAAUUCAGAUCUGGUCUUGAAAGAAAGCCCAAGUCAAAUACCUUUUGAAAAUGGGGAAUGAUCCUUUUGUUAUCUUUUCUUAAUCCUCACCCCACAUAGGACAUUUGUCGAGGUUGGCUGUGGAGGCCGUUACUUGUAAAUCUACACAGCGUUUGUUCACAGUCACAGAAAUCCAGCUGUUGUCUUGGGCAUACAAAUGACAUUUAGAUGUCUUUUUAGAUGGUCCCACAGUGGAAUUGGAAGGGAAUUUGAGCUGAGAGUGCACCCCAGGCUCUGAGUGGGCAAAGUCCCAAAAUGAACCAUCUAAUCAGUUGCGCCCUCCAUCCUCCUGCCAGAAUCAAUACACUAUGAAGUCCAGGCUGCCCAUGGGUGCAGGGGGGCGGUGUCCAAACUCCAUGGAAUGCUGGUAUUUUCUAGCACAGAGAACUAGACAUCGUCUCCCUAGAAAGAAUUGCCCUGCUUCUUCCUGGGACCUUACUGCAAAGUGGGAAGGUUAGUAAGCUGAAACUCUCCAUCAUACAGUUGGUCCCUGCUCCAUGGACAGAAUCAGCUUGACAGCUUUCAUAGUAGCUACCAGUUUAAAACUAGAGAUUUGGUAGAAUGGAAGAAUCCCAUUAAGAGUUUGAGCAGAGGGCCAUGUCAUGGACAGUUUUGGUUCAGAUUCUCCUAAAUUCUCCUCUGGAUACAUAGCUUUUGUGGAAACGGAGUGGAAAGAAUUUUUUUUUUCUUCUAGUUGGUCCAAAAGGCUGUGAUCAAGGAUGAAGAGAAAGGAAAGUAGUGACUCUAUGGGUCUCAUUUUUCUAAGUCAUUUAUAAUCUAAGUAGGAAUGUUCCUGGGGUUUCUAUUUUGUUUCUGUACUUAAAGUACUUGGGAGUGCUUUCCCCACAAAGACCCCUGAGCUCUGUGAUAAAUAUUUAGUGUCUAAAACAAAAAUUCUCAUUUGAGGCUGGGGUAUAUGGAAAGAAUAUAUAUUUAAAAGAAGCAUGAAAAAUAUUUUAGUAAGUGUACUCAAAUUUUGUCUACUGAAAUGCAUGUGGUAGGCAGAUGCAGGAACAAGUGGGAGAAAAGACCUAGAUAGUUUAUUUUCUUAAUAUAAAAACUACAGUAAAUGGAUUCUUUAGGGCUCCUUUGGCCCCAGUCCUAUCACUUGCAAAGACUUGAUUAGGAGUCACAAUAUGAAGCUGAAAUCCAAGCCUUCAACAACAUUCUGUAGAAGGACUUUGUCCCAGCCCUGCACCUGGGGGCCUCUGAUACUGGACAUUUGGGCUCAUGCUGCUGCUGGUGUCUGCAGAUGUUCCAAAUUCCAAAUUCUGAGAGAGGAUGUGAGUCAAGGGUGCGUAGCUGGUCCCCACAAGUGUUUAGGAAUGCUUCGUGCGUAUGCGGAAGGGUUGGAUUCUUCAGUUUUCUCCUGGAGAGAUAGUUCACGGCCACUGUCAGCUCCCCUACGACUUCCCCCGCCCCCCUCCACCCCACCCCGAUGGAGAGGCGUGGCAGGGGACCAGAGCCUCCUUAGCCUGCCUGGCAGCAGAUACCUCGGGACUCUACGGGCAGCUUGGCUGACUCCAGCUGAAGAUGAACUUCUCCCAGACCCUCUCUCCAUCCACAGAGAGCCGUCUCAGUACUCUCUGUGCUCCCACGUUUCUUGAUCAUCCACUGUGUGCAGGCUGUUUUAGGUACAUUAUCUCACUUAACCCAUAAAAACAACCCUGUAGUGUUGGGAAUUGUCAGUCCCAUUUUACACAUGAGAAAUUUGAGGCUGAGAGGAAGAGUAACUCGCCCAGAGUCACAAAACUAUGAAGUAGAAGUGGGGUCACCUGAAUCCAAAAACGUUUCUUCUCCUCCAAACCCUGUUACCUCCCAUGAAGAAAGGUUUGCACCUCUGCAGUUCUUGCUGGGCAGGAAAGUGCUCCUUGUCAAACCCUGUCGGGGCCUGUGGAGCAACAGUGAUUAGGGUUCAGGGUGACCUGUCUGGGGCUCCCCCCCACAGCUGAUGACACUUUCCGGUGGAGCAGGAUGCCACGUUUGAUGUUCUGCCAGAAGGUCCCUUGUAGAGCUGCAAAUAGAAGGAGUCGAUUUUCCUUCCUCUUCCAAAAUGGAAAUAUGGCUCAGCUUCUUUUAAAAUUGACUUCCUAAGUUGAUCUGCUAGCAGGUGAUGCAGCAAACCUCAGAGCUGGGGAUUUUCAAAACGUCAGCCAAUUACGGCGGAUGGCCUUGGGUUCUGCUCUCGCUGGUCCAAGUAUCACAUAGGAAGAUGUCUUUUCUCAGGGAGCGGGGCUCUGACAGUUCAUUUGUUUGUGACUCAGACUUUAGCUGCGUGUUGCUUUUGUACCUGUAGACUCUCUUAGCUCUUUACCUUGUCUCAUAGCCGCAGCUGUUGAAUUUGACCUGUGGUCACAGAUUAGGUUCCUGAUUGCAUUGCUUUUAUUCUGCUGGGUGGGGGGAGUGGCGAACUUCAGCAUUGAUAAGGGCACCCUGGGGAGAAAGUAAAUCCAGUUGCAUCUGAAGGGACUUCAGAGCCCAAUGUAUUCAGUUCCUUUAUUUUUACAUCCUGAAGAGGUUAAGUGAUGACCAAGGUCAUAGCGCUUCUUAGUGGUAGAGCCAGGACGAAAAUCCCAGUUUUCUGACUCUUAAGUCACAUCCUCCCUCCCACAGCAUCUUCAGAGCUCUCAGAUGGGGAGAAGGAGGCCCGGAGAGGUGACAUGACUUGUCUGAGGUUCCAGGGCUAGUUGGUGGAAGAGUUGCAAUUAGAACUCAGACCUGCAACAGACUGUAUUCCCUGAGCUGUUGCAGCUGAAUCAAUUUUUCUUUUUUUAGAAACUCAGUUACGCCUCGAAUGUACUCAGAAAACAAGCUGUUUGAAAUUUCCCAUUUUGACGGUAACGUGAAGAGUUAUCUCUAAUUUGUAUUGUAUUUGGCAGGUAUGGGGGCAUACAUUCAGAUGUUCCCAUUUGGGAUUUCCUGAGGCCAGCUCUACUUCCAGGCCCCCGGCCCCUGGGUACCGAUCGAGGCCUUGAGUAGCUUAGGAUUCCUGCUCCACCCCUGCCUUCAUCUUUGGCCAUCCAAAUCCUGACGUUUACAGGGCAGAGGCCACAACACUGGGGAGUUUGUCUUUAAAUCAACUCUCAGAACCCCGCACUUCAAUUCCCUUUUGGGGACAGGGAGACAGGUAAUGAAAUAAAAGCUGUGCUCAUCUGCAGCCCAAGGACCCCACCCAGCCUGCCCCACCCCUGGCAGAGAAGCAGGCAGAUGGGGACUGCCCCAAGUUUGAGGGGACAGCCCUGAGCUGGGCUUCAGGGCCUCUCCCAAGAGGAGUGAAGCCCUUCUGUGCUGCUUUAAGAGAUGAUGGGCCCAGUGGUCUCACCAGAGUCUGGAGGUGAGGCCAGUAAGUACCACGGACCUGAGUGACCACACCAGUAAGCAGUGGAAGGUGGUGGCCUACUGACUUUUUCUUCCCCAGGUCACAGUCCCUAUUUGGUGGAGCCCUUGAGAGGGCCACCCAAGUGUCUGGCUCUGUCAGGCUCCCAACGUGUUGCACUACUGGAUACUCUCGAAUCUGUUGCCCCUUUCUGUUUAUACCAGCGUGAGGAGAGAAAUAACAAGGCCAUGUCACAUGCAGUGGCUCUGUGCUUGGCAUGGCAAUCAUGCUUGCCUGGGUGGUGUGAGCAGGGUCCCCAGACCAAUCCAGGUCCAGGUCUCUGCUGUCCCCUGCAGCCAUCACAAGGGCUGUGUUGUUGAAUGAGCCCUGUGGUUUCUCCCCAGAAACUCAAUGACUGAUUUGUGAUUCUUGACCCAGGCUAAGAAACAAAACCCAAGCAAGCGACCUGCCCGCUCCUUUCCUUGCCUCCUUCCGCAUCAGGCAUCCAACCAUAUUUAGUAUUCUUGCCCUGUGCCUUGCCCAGGGGAGGGAGAAGUUUCUAGUAAUUAUGGCUUUCUGUUUGUUGCCUGGUGCUUUUACUGUUUGUUUGAUUUUUUUUUUUAACCAUAUUGCAUUUGUUUGGUUGUCAAUGUCGGGUAUGUAUUUAUUGUGUUUUACAAACAUGAGUAUAUAUAUGUAUGUAUAUGUAUAAAUACAAACAUAUAAAAAGUCAAGGCAUGUAUACUAGAUAUUUUAAAGAGUUAUUUAUCAAGGGAAAAAGACGUGUGUUAUAAAGUAAACAGAGUCUAUAUUUUAUAUAUAAUGUAGAUAGCAAAAAAUAGCUUAUAAAUUAUAGAAGGUUUGGGUUUUCUUUUUUGUUGUUGUUAUUAAAGCAAAAAAAAAAAAAAAAGACAA